AUGCGUUUCUCAUCCCUCGCAGUGCUGGCCUUGGCCAGCACUGCUAUUGCAGCCCCAACAUGGAGCGACAAGCCCAACGUGCCCAACGUUCCUGCUAGUGACAAGCCAAGUCUACCAAAGGCUCCUGAAACUCCGCAUGUGCCUUCUCGCCCAGAUGUUCCAUCGUCUGGCAAGAAGGACGAGUGGCAUGACUCUCCGAGUGGCCCUCCUUCGGGACCAGGUGGUCCCCUCAAGCCACCGGGACCUGGCAAACCUCCUUCUACACCUCCCGGGCCGCCAGCGCACGCUCCCAAGCCACCCACGCCUCCGGCAGGACCACCGAAGCCGCCAUCGGGCAACCACGGCGGCUGGAAGGACCAUACCAACGGACCUUCUGGCCCUCCCAACCCUCCAGGAUCAGGCGGCCUUCCUAAACCACCUGCCGGACCUCCUGCGGGGCAACCCAAGCCGCCUGGACCUCCCAAGCCAUCAUCAGGCGGGCAAGGAGUAUGGAAAGACCAUCCCAGUGGGCCUUCAGGUCCCCCCAAGCCCCCUGCUGGUCCUCCUAAACCGCCUGGACAUAGUGGUCCACCCCCUCCUCCUACUGGACCACCCAACCCACCGACGGGUGAUAAUGGGGACUGGAAAGACCAUCCCAAGGAGCCUUCAGCUCCUCCCAAGCCCCCUGCUGGUCCUGCCAAACCACCAGGGCCAACUGGUCCACCUUCGCCUCCUUCUGGCCCUUCUAAACCGCCUGCACCUCCCGCUGGUCCUCCCAAGCCCCCAGCAGGCGGCAAUAGCGGAUGGAAAGAUCAUCCCAAUGUACCUUCGGGCCCGAAGCCACCUGCGCCCCCCGCUGGUCCUCCGUCCCCUCCUGCUGGUCCUUCCAAGCCGCCUGCACCGCCGAACAGCCCUCCCUCCCCUCCAUCUACUCCUUCUAAGCCACCUACACCUCCUACAGGUCCUCCUAAGCCACCAGCAGGUGGUAAUGGAGACUGGCAAGAUCAUCCCAAAGGACCUUCUGCUCCCCCAAAGCCACCGUCCAGCCCUCCGUCGCCUCCUUCGGGUCCUUCGAAGCCCCCCGCACCGCCUGUUGGUCCGUCCAAACCGCCUGCACCUCCUGCGGGUCCUUCGAAGCCACCCACGCCUCCUUCUGGUCCUCCUGCACCUCCAACAGGUGGUGAGGGACAGUGGAAAGAUCAUCCCAAGGGACCUUCUCCUCCAUCUGGACCACCAGCGCCGCCUCAGGGACCCUCCAGCCCACCAAAACCGUCAACACCAAGUGGUCCUCAGGGACCACCCAGCCCGCCCAAGCCAUCUAUGCCCAGCGUGCCGCCUCAGGGCCCACCUAGCCCGCCCAAACCGUCUACCCCUAGCGCACCACCUCCAUCCGGGCCGUCUAAGCCACCGGCGGGUGGUGAGGGCGGUUGGAAGGACCAACCCAAUGGGCCUGCUCCUCCUUCGGGUCCCCCUAGCCCGCCCAAGCCUUCUACACCCAGCGGACCUCCUCAAGGACCCCCAAGCCCACCUAAGCCGUCUACUCCCAGUGGACCUCAAGGACCUCCUCAAGGACCAAGCCCGCCUAAGCCAUCUGCGCCUACUGCACCUUCGCCUCCCUCUGGACCGCCUCAGCCGCCAGCAGGUGGUGAAGGGGGCUGGAAGGAUCAACCUAAAGGACCUUCUGCUCCUCUGCCACCGUCAUCGAGCCCACCCAAGCCGUCAAGGCCUAGUGCGCCACCGGUUCCUCCGGUGACACCGCCUAGCUCGCCCAAGCCAAAUGGUCCCAGCCCACCUCCCGCGUCUCCUCCCAGCAAUGGUGGUGGAUGGGGUGACCACAACUGA